CAAACACCGAGCUACUUGGUCUUGUACAGAAUAAGUAAUCGGGAAAAUUUAAUAAAAGAUGAUUUUGCUGUGUUUAAUUGCCGUAAUAGUGAUAUUAAGCUAUCGGUUUCUUUACCGACCGCAUAAAUACUGGCUUGAAAGGGGUGUAAUUCAAGGAAAUCCAAAACCCUUACUUGGACAUUUCAUGGGCACAACAUUUCAUAAACAAUCUUUCGCCGAUUGUAUUCAAAUGGUGUACAACAUGGCACCUAAUUCCAGAUACUGUGGAAUGUAUCAAUUCACAAUGCCGACUCUGGUCGUCCGAGACCCAGAUUUGAUCAAACAAAUCACAGUAAAAGACUUCGAUUAUUUCUUGAACCAUCGCACUUUUAUUCCGGAAGAGUGUGACGCACUCUGGGGCAAAAACCUCUUCGCUUUGACCAAUCAGAAGUGGAGAGACAUGAGGAGCACCCUUAGUCCGGCCUUCACCGGCAGUAAAAUGAAAUUCAUGUUUCCACUAAUCUCCGAAACUGCCGAAUACUUCAUAAGACACUUUUUGUCAAAGCAGGAGGAUGUGGUAACAGUGGAAAUGAAAGACGCUUUCACGCGAUUUACCAACGAUGUUAUCGCAAAUACCGCGUUUGGCGUCUCGUGUGAUUCGCUAAAAGAGCGCGAAAAUGAGUUUUAUUUGAUGGGGAAGGAAGCCACCGAUCUCAAAGGUUUCUGGAAAAAUAUUAAAUUGCUUUUGUUCUUUUUAAUCCCCCAAGUAUUUAAAUUAUGCAAAGUCAGGUUUUUCUCCAAAUCGGUGGCCAAUUUUUUCACUAAUUUAAUCAAGGGGAACAUCACCAAAAGAGAAGAGUUUGGAAUCGUCAGACCCGACAUGAUUUACCUCCUAAUGGAAGCUAGAAAAAACGUUUCGAAUGAACCAAUCUCCGAUGAAGACAUAACGGCCCAAGCCCUGAUUUUCUUUUUCGCCGGUUUUGACACCGUUUCUUCAGCCAUGUGUUUCAUGUCGUACGAGCUAGCAACCAAUCCAGAAAUCCAGGAAAAACUACUCCAGGAAAUAGAUUCAGUUGAAGGAAAACCAACAUACGAUACUUUAAUGAAUUUAAAAUACUUGGAUAUGGUAGUUUCCGAAACGCUAAGAAAAUGGCCAAUAAGUGUGGCCACGGACCGGAUCUGUAACAAACCAUACACAAUUGAGCCCAAAUCGCCAGACAAGAGACCCCUUCUUUUAGAAAAAAAUCUAGCCGUUUGGAUCCCAGUUUACGCCCUCCAUAGAGACCCCAACUAUUUUCCGGACCCCAAUCGCUUUGAUCCCGAGAGAUUUAACGAGGAAAAUAAAGCUAACAUUAAGCCCUACACUUAUUUACCUUUCGGACUUGGACCGAGGAACUGUAUUGGGUCCAGAUUUGCUCUCCUUGAAAUGAAAAUUUUGUUUUUCUACAUUUUGUCCCACUUCGAGAUUACUCCAAUACCACGGACACAAAUACCAUUAAAAAUUAAUAAAACACAGUUUGCGCUAACGGCCGAAGAUGGGUUUUGGCUGGGUCUUAAGAGGCGUCAGAAAUAAAAUACUGUUGUGACUCUGUAACUGGCUUAAAU